AUGCUCUCCUGGUUCUCCGCGGAGUACCGCCAUUGCAGGAACUGGAGGAAGAAGACGCCCCCGGAGAGGCCAGUGGAGAGGGAGGAAGCCAGGCCGCCCAGGACCCGCUUGGCCGCUGACCACGCCCGUCCCGUCACGCUGCAGGAGGGAGGGAGAGACCGAGCCCAGCGCUGCGGUUGUGCUCACAACAACCCUGAGAGACCCAGUGAGGAUUCUGGGGCAUUGAAGACCCCCCCCCCCCCGCCGUCUGCCGGAAAGGGACACGAUCAGAAGCCGGAAGGGGCCCAGCCCAGCCAAAAAGCUCCUUUUGAAUGGCCAGCAGCUCAAGCUGGCUUUAACCUGAAACAGCACCCAGGUUUUCAGUCUUGCAGCCGGCUGGUCCAGAUGCCUGCAAAUUGCGUCUCCUGUCCAGCCUGCCCAGGUGCCCAGUGGGCCGACUGCGUUUCAAAAGCAAAGACCUUUGGACCAGCAAGAAAUGGGCUAAUGUUAAAAAUCCCCACAGUGGCAGGGGACGCGGCUUCAAGCGCCAGCGCCUGCGCAGAAGGCAACCAGGCCGGCAGAGUGGCCCUGUGUUUGCUUGGGGCGCUGAGUGGGGUCGCUUCGCAGAGCGGGUUGUUUGGGCGAAAUCGGGCCCUGCUGCUUGCAGAGUAG